CUCUCGUCUCUUCCUCCAUCAAGCGUACACGCAUAUAUCUACCUACCAUUCGCAUAAUUUAAAACAAUGCACUCCUUUACCGUUUUUUCCGCCCUCAUCCUCGCUGCGUCCGCUCUCGCCCUGCCCGCUGUUCCGCUUGCACGAGCUCCGGAAGCAAGCAUGCCAGUGCGCUCCCUUCAAGAGCGACAGGACAACACGAUCGGCGACUGCAACACCACGGGACAAUACUGCUGCGACCAGACGCUUUCCCAGUCGUCCGCUUCAGCAAACGCCAUCACGAGUCUUCUGUCCCUUCCCCGCUCUGUGACACCGGAUCCCGAUCGCUCCCUCGGCUUCUGUUGUUCGCCCCUGGCCAGUAUCCUCCAUUCUGGAAGGCAGUGCACGACUAAGCAGGUGUGCUGCAAGGGGUCGCAACAGAUACAGAGUACGUUGCUCGGUAUCAACUGCUCGCCGUUGUCGUUGUAGUACUUUCGUUCGCCUUUGUAUUAAGCGGCAGGAUUGUAGGCUGAGAGGAUGUAGACUAUACAGUGUCGCAUACAUGUACAACAGACUAAUGCAAACGCU